AUGUCUCUUAUAUCCUCAGGGAACACCCUGUCCCUGACGGACAAGUUCGAUGUCCUCAAGGAUAUUGGUGAUGGAAGCUUUGGUAGUGUUGUGCUCGCCAAAGUGCGUAGCGCCGGCAGCAGUGUUGCUCGUCGAGGCAGCGUGGUUGCAAUCAAGACGAUGAAGAAGUCAUUCGAAUCGUUCGCACCGUGCCUGGAAUUGCGAGAAGUUAUAUUUUUGCAAAAACUUCCUCCACAUCCUCACCUCGUCCCUGCCUUAGACAUCUUCUUGGACCCAACAACAAGAAAAUUACACAUUGCCAUGGAAUACAUGGAUGGUAACCUAUAUCAGCUUAUGAAGUCCAGAGACCAUAAGUGCUUGGAUCAAGAGAGUGUCAAGAGCAUACUAUACCAAAUCAUGUCAGGCCUAGAACACAUUCACGCGCAGGGGUUCUUCCACCGUGAUAUCAAGCCAGAAAACAUUCUGGUUUCCACUUCAGCUGGUCCUUCUUAUGAUUCGAACGCUCCUUUCAGGCGAUAUUCGAGCAUGACUCCGCCUGCUACCCCUGGUGCCUACACCGUCAAGAUCGCUGACUUUGGUUUGGCAAGAGAGAUGCACUCCAAGGUUCCAUAUACGACCUACGUUUCGACAAGAUGGUACAGAGCACCAGAGGUCCUUCUCAGGGCGGGUGAAUACAGUGCACCUGUCGAUAUUUGGGCAGUUGGUGCUAUGGCUGUCGAGAUUGCUACACUCAAGCCUCUCUUCCCAGGUAGCAACGAAGUCGAUCAGGUCUGGAGAGUAUGUGAGGUCAUGGGAAGCCCAGGAAACUGGCAAUCCCGAAGUGGAAGGAAGAUUGGUGGUGGCGAGUGGAAAGAUGGUAUCCGGUUGGCACAGAAGCUUGGUUUUUCGUUUCCAAGGAUGACACCACAAUCGAUUGAACAACAUUACCUACCUUUAUCGCAAUGGCCAGCUUCGCUUUCUCAGUUUGUUACAUCGUGUCUGCUGUGGGAUCCAAGAGGUCGACCAACAUCGACGCAGGCACUCGCUCAUGAGUACUUCGUUGACGCCAUCGACCCCUUAAAGCCAAAGCCAAUUCCUCAGCCACAGACCCGUGCUCUUAGAAGCCGACAGUCUGAACUCGCCCGCCCAUCAAUGGAGCAGGUCGCACAGCCAACCCCUCAAUCAAACCUCAAUACUAAGCAUUCUUGGUUCCGGAAGUCGUUUGCUGGCACUAACACUGCAUCGGUGGUGCAAAUCUCAGCUUCUACCCUACAUUCUGAGACUAAGGCUAGCCCAAAGAUAACACAAACUGAAAUCACAGCACCAACAUCGACUCGCCAGCCUGUUGAAAAGAGAUCGACAUGGCACGGUCUUCGUGGAACUGGAGCCCCAAUUCCAAUUCUUCCAACAAUUAGGCCCAUCACUCCUCUAUCGGAUACUGUUCAUGCUCAAGCUAACAACCACGACCAUACUGAAACCAAGCAUCUUACUUUUGACGAGAAGUCCGGAAAGAAGCUUGGAAGACAGCUAUCGACAAAUAGCCAACAACAGUACACGAAUCCUGCCCAUGCUGCGGCACUAUCCUCGCUGAAUGGUGGACGGGGUGUUAUGUCGCCACCGGGAACAAAGGAGGGCAUAUUUUCUCAUUUCCGCAAGAGGGUACGAAGGCUAUCUGGAAGAACAUCAAUCCCGGUCAGCCCUGCUGACGAUAUCGAGGCACAAGUUGGGUGCGGUCCGUGGUCGUCAAACAGGUCGUCAAUGAUUAUCGAUCAAGUCUCGAGUCCGACAGGCACUUCCUCCGGCGACUUUAAGGAAUCCAGCCGAGAGUACGCACCUAUCCAGGUUUCCGAGAUUCCUAAUAUCGCCGGUCUCGGCAGUAACAAUCGACACUCGCGGACUCAACUAAUCUCGCCACCUCCUAGCAUGAACUCGCAGAUUAAGAGGAAUCCGUCGUACCCACCCAGAGUCGAGCCACAAUCUCAGUUAACCUCGUCGAAUAGCAAGGCCCGCCGACAAAUGGCCAGAAACUCUGCAGCCCGUUACGAAACCCCAGACGAAGAAGAAGAACUCUUAGAUGAGGUUCUUGUUCAUGCGGCCAAGGCCAUGAGAAAGCUAGAGCGAGGAUCGCCGGUUCUGUCGCAGCAGGGAACACCUGAGCGCACCGUUCCUUCCCACGGCUACCCAACUCCUCCUUCUCACAAGCAGCAGAAGCCACAGCUUCAGGUUGUAAGCAUGGGUCUCCGAACAGACGCACCAUCCAAGGGACGAAAGCGAUCUGGUCAACGUAACUCUGAAGAUGACAGCCCGAUCCCCAAGUGGAAUUCCCCACUUCUCGAUAAUGGAAACUGGGCUGCCUCGGCCGCCGCAACUGCCUAUGCUGGAUCGAAACGGUAA